AUGGUGGAGAUGCUGCCAACUGCCGUUCUGCUGGUCUUGGCAGUGUCUGUCGUUGCCAAAGAUAACUCCACGUGUGAUGGCCCCUGUGGGUUGCGCUUCAAGCAGAACCCACAAGGGGGGUUCCGGAUCGUUGGUGGGCAGGCCGCACAGCAGGGAGCCUGGCCCUGGAUGGUCAGCCUGCAGCUCUUCACGGCACGCAACAACCGCAGAUAUCACGCCUGCGGAGGCAUCCUGCUGAACUCCUACUGGGUGCUCACUGCCGCCCACUGCUUCAAUAAGAAAAAAAAAGUGCACGAGUGGAGGCUGGUGUUUGGAGCCCAGGAGAUAGAAUACGGGACCAACAAGCCAGUGAAGCCACCUCUGCAGGAGAGGUAUGUGGAGAAGAUCAUCAUCCACGAUCACUUUGACUACCUGGGUGAGGGAAACGACAUCGCUCUCUUGAAGAUCACCCCUCCUGUUGCCUGCGGGCCCUUCAUUGGACCUGCCUGCCUGCCCCCAGCCAAGGCAGUCUCCAUGAAACCUCCCCAGAUCUGCUAUGUGGCUGGCUGGGGGUUCGUCAAAGAGGACGCUGUCAUGCCAUCACCUACGCUAAUGGAGGCGCGAGUGGACCUCAUCAACCUCGAGUUGUGUAAUUCAACCCAGUGGUACAAUGGACGCAUUACAGCAACCAACCUGUGUGCAGGGUAUCCUUCAGGCAAGAUUGACACCUGUCAGGGGGACAGCGGCGGGCCUCUCAUGUGCAAAGAAAGCAAGGAAGAGCCCUUCGUGGUCCAGGGCAUCACCAGCUGGGGUGUAGGCUGUGCACGGGCUAAGCGCCCCGGAAUCUACACUGCUACCUGGCCCUUCCUGGACUGGAUUGGUUCUAAAAUCGGUUCUGUUGCCUUGCGCAUGACUCAACCAGCUACCCCACCUCCCACUAGCAGAACCCCUGCCCCAGUCCGACCCCCGCCUGGGCACCAGUCCCCGGCUCGCCCUGCUUGGUAUUUCCAACCCCGACCCCGGCCCCGACCCCCUCAGCCAUCUGCAGCCCAAGCCCCACCUCUGCCUCCACCCCCGCCUCCGCCUCCACCACCCCCGGUCCCACCUCCACCCCCACCUCCACCCUCACCUCCUGCCAAGGUUCCCCCAGCACUUUCUUUUGCCAAGCGCUUACAGCAACUCGUUGAGGCAUUGAAGGAGGGCACAACCUUUUCUGGUGGCAAGAUCUUUUAUGACAUGGCAGCAGCCGCAGUGGGUUCGGAGACCACAGAGCUUCCAGAAGUAACCCUGACUUCCUGAUCCAACAUGUUCUCAGUGGACCCUGAGAGGAAGAGACUAAAUGAGCACAUCUAUUUGUAAAAAUAUAUUCAUACAUAUAUAAACUAUA